CUGGCUUUCGGAACUUUGUGUAAAAAGUAUCUUUCGACUUUUCUAGCCACCUAAAAAGACCACUGCUCUCUUUAACUCUCUCCCCCUCUCCCAAUCCCAAACCAAAUCACAGCCUCUGUCCAGUUCCAGUUUCCAUUGUUGAUAAAGAUUAAAAUCCGCCAAUCAAAGUUUUUUCACUUUCCUUUCUGUUCUUCUUUAACCCAUCAAGAAGCCAAACGUACUAAAAAACGAAAAUGAAGCUCUCCCUCAAUCUUCAAGAUGACCACCAAAUCCAAAACCCUCUCUUGAAGGCCAAACUACCCAUUUCAAUACUCAAUCAACCUUUCACUUCUAUCCUCACUACCACCACAACGAACUCCAUUUCUGACCUCACUCUUGCUCUCUCUACGAACUUCCCUUCAGGCCCUUCUCUCAAGUUUACCUACACUCCAUCCACAACAACAGCCAUUUCUCCUUUCUCUCUCUCUCUUAAAUCAGGCUUAGGCCUUUUUGGAUCUCCACACGAUUCCCCUCUUGUUUUCUCUGCUAAUUUUUCUCUACCCAAUUCCAGCUCCAACUUGAUUUUACCUUCUUUCUCUCUCCAUUUCAAGCCACAAUUCGGCCAUUUCUCACUCCACAAAAGAACCACCGCUCCAUCUUCAAACCCUAACUAUGAUCUUAAUUGUGGGUCCCAAACCACAAAUAGGCCCCAUUUGGAAUCUGGGUCACCUUUAAAAUAUGAACCUGGAAAUGGGUUUGCCUCAGAGGGGUCAUCAGGUUGGCAAGAAUUGAAAUUAGAGCCAUGUAAUGGUAAAGGGAAAGAGGGGUUUGUGAAUCAUAAUUACAUUGAUGAUGCUUAUGGAAUUGGGUUUUCUCCGGAGAGGCAAUUGGUGUGGAAAUAUGGAAAGAAGAGAGGGUUUUUUAGUGGAGUUGGUGUAAAGGCAAAAACAGCGUUGCCAUUAACUAAAAGGGUAUCGAUGAAUUUGAGGUGGGCUGUGAAUUUUCCUGGUGAGUUGGGAAUAAAAAUGCCCUACUUGAUAGUGAAUAAGAUUGGGAUUGAGAGGGUUGAGGAGUUAAAGGAAGUAAAGAAGGAAAAAGGCAAUGAGAGUAAUUCGGGAGAUUUAGAGUUGUUGAAAGGAAUGUGCUUUUGGAUGAAAAGGGAUUUGGAGGUGUUAGAGGCUGAGAAUAGGGAGAUGAAGCACUAUUUAGAGAAUAUGAGACUGGGAAUUUUGGCGAGGAAUUCGCGCAAAGAGAUCAAUGGUUUUGUUAAGAGAGUGGUGCCAGCUUCAAGUGGUAAUCUUGGUGGGUUUGAGCAGUGGAGGAGCAACAAAAAUAAUGGAGAAGGAAAUGGGCAAAGAGAAGAAUUGAAGAAGCCUGCAAAGAAGGUGACUGACUUGGAAAGUGAGUUGCAAAAAGCUAUUAAAGCUGCUUCCUCUUAACCAGGUUUUGCUGGAAAGUGGAUGAUGUAUUAGAAAUUUAUACUUUCUUCAGAAGAUAUCAGGGUUGUCUUGUAUGUGUUAGCUCCUCGUUUCCUUGUUUUUGCUUUUCUUUUUCUCCAAUGGUUUAUAUCAGUAGAUGGUUUGCUAUUAUUUGAAUGAUAUCAGGUUUGUGUCUAGUAAGUUAGGAGUAUGUGCAAAAAACUGAUUAGCUAUUAACCUAGAGGAUGUAAAGGUGUCUUGAUCAUCACUUAACAACAACUCCUAAAUAUCAUGUGAUUUUGAGAUUAUUUACUCGAAAUUUAUUUGUUGAUAAGUAAAGUAACAAGUGUUUACAUCUGGGAAGAAAACGUCAUUGCUAUAGCUAUCUCUCUUUUCAUGGUCUGUCAUGGUGAAGAUAACUGAUUUUGAAUCCUUGCUUGAUCUCUGAGCACAAGUGGUCUAAAGAGCCUGGUAAUGGACUUACCUACCUUCCAUUAAAACCAGAUGUUUUUUACAAGCUGAGAUGUUAAUAUUUCAAAUUCAUUUGCCACAAAAUCAAUCCCAAGCUCUGUUUCUUACGUUGUGUUGGUCAGAAGAGGUUUCAUGUUCUUGGUUGUUAAGAGAAUUUGCAUGAGAUCACCAUAGGAUGUGUGGAUCCAGUUGCUCCGGUGUACUUAGAUUGGCAGGUUCUUUCAGUGUGCACGGUAUUAUUGCUCUUCCAAAAUCAGCAUGUAUUCAUUUUGACUGAGCUUUACCAAGUAAAAUGGUGAGACUUAUUUGGAUUAUGUGCACUCAUGCGUUUUAUGAUUACCCUUGCAUAUUGGAAGUCAUUCAGCUAAAUAUUGAUCUUCAAGGUUCCCUAGUUUUCUUUUCAAAGCUCUUAUGCCCUGGUGAAAAUGAAUUGCUGGCUGGGGCGUUGAUAUAAGGUGCUGGACUAGCUCUUGUGAAAGCACAGUUACCCAUAACAACUGGAUUUGGAGGGAAUAGGAUAACAAUACCGGGCACGACUUUCACCUAAUCGGUCAAUUGGCAAGAUGAAGGUGUCCUACAAAACGUCUUUCUGUGUCUACAGGGAUUUGUGAAUACCAUUAAUAAGCCACUCACUCCACAGGAGAUGCCCUGACGUUGAAUGACCAAGCCAAUCAGUUGGCGGAGACCAAUAUAAAUCCACUGCAUCUGCUGUAUAGUUCUUGAACUAUAGCAAGACGUGUGUGCUGAUUUUGUAGGGAGAAGAUGAUUUUGGACUUGGAAGGCCUUUUCUACCAUAAAAGCUUUGGUAGAUUUUAAUAGCUUCAAAAUGAAGAUAUGCAUAGCUAUGUUGCAUGUGAUGUUUUCAUUAGCAGAAGGCAUUUCUAAUGAACGAAUUAUUCAACCUCGGUGGCCUUAAACUAACAGGAAUCAAAUGAUGGAACUUGAACCACCAUUUUAACUCCUCCGUAGGGAGUCAUGCGUUACCUAUAACAGGUUUUGCGCUUCGUUUGGGGUGCCUGGAACGGGGUUGAGGUGCGUAAUAUAUGGCAGUGUAGAACAAUGGCAUCGAUGUCUGAUAUUUCUAGCCAAUCCAACCUUUUUGUUCAUCAGCCCAUCAUGAAAAGGCCAAUCCUCAUUGAGUUUUUCGGCAGCUCAAUCAAUAUCCAUAUUCCAUGCUAUAUUGCUUGAACAUUGACAGUUCGAUUAAGAUUAUAGUGCUCGGCACUCGUUAGAGACUUGUUGUACGUUACUGCUGUCUAGAUCAUAAUUUUAUUGCAAGCCAAUCCACUUGGUUGUUAACAUUAAACAAUCUAGAAACCCAAAACCUCUAGGCCAUCCAAUUGCAUUUUGUUUUGGAAUAUGUUAUCAUUUCAUAAAUGAAUGGAAAUAUUAGAGAAUAUUAGAAUUGUAAUAUAAGGUUGCUGCUACAGUGGUGCAUGGAUCAUGACAUUUCUGCUCUUAUCCUAGACCUGGUCUUGUCUGGUCUGGUCCCCAAUGCUGGGGAUUCGAGAGUUUACCUUACCUAGGAAGGAGACUGCAGGUAAGCAGAGGAUAGUUUAGUAAAAAGCCCAAAACUUUGUACUAUACAUAUAUAAAAAAAGACAAUAAAUCAAGAAAUAAAGAAUGAAUGCUAUGUCCAUUGGCAUUGGUUGAUGAUCAGUGAUCAGUGAUCAGAGACAUCUCAUGUGAUGUCUGUUACUGGAGUACAAGCAAAGUAAAUGGAGAGAGCAAUGGCAAGAUCAACAUCAUCAGCUGGAAGUGCAAGUGCAAGAGAAGGCACAGCAAAAUCAAUAGUGGCUGAUCAAAUUUCUCAUGCUGUACAAUCCACCUCCAAUCUCCUUCACCUCAUUCAACAACCCUUCCUUCCCAUGUACCUCCCUUCCUACAUGCUCAUUAAGAUACUUCAUGCUUAUUGUAUUUUUUUUUAAUUAUCUUCUUCUUGCAUCUUUUGCACUCUUCAUCUUCUCCGUGUUAGUGUGUUAGAAGUCACGGGGUUUGAUUUUGAGAUAGGAUGUGGAAAUAAAAUGAUGUUGAUGAACGUUGGCCAA